CUGAGCGUCCGCCUGUCCCCGAGGCACACAGUGGCAGCGGGUGUCCAGUUGUCUGGAAGCUGGGCACCCCCAGGCUUCAAAUCCUUUGUGGGAGAGAGGCACCAGGCAACUUCCAAACAGCCUCACCUCACUUCUGAGAUGGUGGACUACUACAAAGUCCUUGGACUGCAAAAAAACGCCUCCCAGGAUGACAUUAGGAAAUCCUACCGCAGGCUCGCACUACAAUGGCAUCCUGAUAAGAAUCCCAGCAACAAGGAGGAAGCCGAAAAGAAAUUUAAAGCUAUCGCUGAGGCGUACGAGGUUUUGUCUGACCCUCAGAAACGGUCGCUCUAUGACAGGUCUGUGAAGGAGCGCAGAUCCCACAGAGCAAGAAGUCCCUCAAUGGGCCAUAACAGCUUCUUUGAUGCCACUUAUGUAUUCCAAGACCCCAAUGAGAUCUUUAGGGAUUUCUUUGGAGGGAUGGAUCCCUUUGUGCAUGUUUUUUGGGACCCAUUUGACAACAUCAGAAACGGUGAUGAACACAAGCACGGUCCAAGUGGAAGAGGAAGCUGCUCCCAUUUGUUUUCUGACUUCGUGCAGUCUUUCAUGCCAUUUAAUCCAUUCAGCCCCAGGGAGCAGCCCACCUUCUCCUUUGCUGAGGACAUGGCUAAGCCACACAGUUUCAGAUCAGUCUUAACUACUACUGAAGGGAUCAACGGCAAGAGGGUCACCACCCGGAAAAUCAUCGAGAACGGGCAGGAGAGAAUAGAAGUGGAAGAAGAUGGCCAUUUGAGGUCUGUGACGAUAAAUGGAAGAGACCACCUGAAAUUAUAAUGUCCCCCAGCACAUGCACCAACUGCAAGCUGUGGGACAUGCCCUCAUUGCUCAGCGGAUGGGAUCUAUUAUGAGCAGUAUUAAUAAAUGCUGAGUUCAUGACACAACCGAUGCCAGCUUCUCAAUGGCCUGGAACAA